GGGGAUGGCCAUGCAGCCGGCGCUCCGCUAGGCAAGCGCGGCGAGGCUCGGCGCGGGCCGGAGCUCCGCGGCCAUUCCCUCAGCAGCGCGGCGGCACCGGCCCCUGCCCCACCGGUACCAUGAGGAACGGCGAUGACUUGGAGGGCUUCGAUGGCGAGGCGUCCAGCACCUCCAUGAUCUCGGGGACCAGCAGUCCCUACCAGCCCACUACGGAGCCCGUCAGCCAGCGCCGGGGGCUCGGCGGCCUCCGCUGCGACCUGGACUACCUGCGGGGCACCCUCGGCAAGAUCAAGCUGGCCGAGGUGGUUUUGGCACUGAUUGCGUUCAUCUGCAUAGAGACCAUCAUGGAAUGCUCCCCUUGCGAAGGCCUUUAUUUCUUUGAAUUUGUGAGCUGUAGCGCUUUGGUGGUUACUGGAGUUCUGUUGCUUAUGUUCAGUCUAAAUCUUCACACAAGAAUACCACAGAUCAACUGGAAUCUUACUGAUCUGGUCAACACUGGACUCAGCACUUUCUUCUUUUUCAUUGCCUCUGUAGUACUUGCUGCUUUAAACCAUAAAACUGGAGCAGAAAUUGCUGCUGUGAUAUUUGGUUUCUUGGCAACGGCAGUGUAUGCUGUGAACACAUACUUAACUGUUAAAAAGUGGCGAAUGAACAGCAGGCAACAAAGUAGUCGGCAGACCAGUGAUUACAUACGUGCUCGGACAGAGUCCAGAGAAGUGGAUCAUCACCCUGAGAUUCAGCGUCUGGAUGCAUGAAAGCAACAUUCAAAUGGGACUGCAAAGGGAAAAGACAUGCUUAACUCCCUCAUGGAACAAAGGGUUUUGUCUUUAUUUAAGAAGGAAAAGGAAGAUCAGAUGGUGGCAAAGAAUGCCCAGCCCUGCAUUAUGUGCAGAAGUGCAUUGAGUUAGAAGCUGUUGUCAUGAAGGCAGUAAAUGUUGGUCAUUCAAAAGCAAGAUCUGUUUAAGAUGCCCACAUAUGUAUGCAUAUAUUAUAUAGCUUAUAUAAUAUAUAAGUUUUGAAGUACGUUAUUGUUUUGGAUUAACUGCACAGUACUUUCCUCCCUCUCCCAAGUGCAAGCUCUGAAUAUACAUGUUCUGCCACUGUUUCUUCACCUAUUGUAGACACUAAGACCAGCACUGCAUUGGUUGGUUAAUAUAGGAAAGAAAACCACCAAAAGAAAAUCUAAUACAUGCUAAAAGGAGGUGAAGGGCAAAUAGCAAUAACUUUAACCAUGUUAUUAUGUCCAGCCAACUCUCGGUAUCCAUCCUCAUGCAGCCCUCAGCAGUGCAGUUCAGUUCUUGUCUCCUGCAGUUUCACUCUUGGUGCAGUUAUAUAGCCGAAAUGGACAACCACCUCCCAUUUUUUUGUUUGGUGGAUGUAGUGUUGAGGUAGUUACUCUGUGGAUUACUUUAGAAUUGCCAUAUUCGGUUCAUGCAUGAAUUUGUGCAAAGUUAGCAAGGUUCUUGAAUGGUCACCAUAAUGCAUCAAAUGCAGGUAUGUGGUUUUCUGCAAAUGUUGGGAUACAUUCUAUUUUUCAUUCUGAAAUAGGGAGGUAAAUAUGGUUGGGAGGUAGGAUGGAGAAAAGGGGUUUGAAGGGCACAGUAUAGAAAGAAGAGGUUGUCAUCCAAUAAAUUUGCAUUCCAGUUAUGGCUUUUUUUUUUUUUCUAAUUUUAUUUUUUAAGGCUCAUCAUGUCUGAGGAGCCUGGGGUGAGCAAGAACCAGCAACGAAUUAUGAUGAGCUUACAAAGUGUGUUUCUAAGGUUUCAAUAUUGUGAUUCAUGCAAUAUAAAUAUUGUCCUUUUUUGGAAGG